GAUCUGCUCGGAGCUCAGAUCGGGUACGGACAAAGCGGACAGAAGAUCGCGGGGACACCUGAGAGCCACACGCAGCAUACAGGAGCCAUCAGAGGGGCCAGUGACACCCUGCGGGCACCUGCCGGAGACAUGACCGACACUCUCAUCCCGGGGAACUUGAAGGGCAAUGCCCUGCCGAGUCAGAGCUACUUCCCGCAGGGUAAAUCCAUCGCACAGACGGGCCGCAGCAAGCUGCAGAAUCAAAGGGCCGGCCUGAACAAUCAGAUCCUGAAAGCCAUGCGGAUGAGGGCCGGCGCUGAGAACCUCCUGAGGGCCAGCACCAACAACAAAGUGCGAGAGCAGGUCCUCCUGGAGCUCAGCUACGUCAACUCCAACCUGCAGGUGCUGAAGGAAGAGCUGGAGCGGCUGAACAUUUCUGUGCUGGCUGUCACUGGGGUGCUGCAGCACUACACAGGGCAAUCCUCCAGCAUUCCACUCAUCCCUCUGGGCCUCAAGGAGACAAAAGACGUCGAUUUCACCACUCAGUUCAAGGACUUUAUCCUGGAACACUACAGCGAGGACGGCGCCGACUAUGAAAAUGAGCUGGCCGACCUGAUGGACCUCAGACAGGCAUGUCGGACGCCCAGCAGAGACGAGUCUGGGAUAGAUAUGCUAAUAAGUUAUUUUCAACAGCUCGGGUUCAUCGAGAACCGCUUCUUCCCAGCCAGCAGGCACAUGGGGACCCUUUUCACAUGGUAUGACUCCUUCACUGGUGUUCCGGUCACUCAGCCCAACAUCUCUCUAGAGAAAGCCAGCAUUCUCUUCAACAUUGGUGCCCUCUACACCCAGAUCGGGGCCCGAUGCAACAGGCAGACGAAGAGCGGCCUGCAGGAAUCGGUCACCAUGUUCCAGAAAGCUGCAGGAGUUCUCAGCUACCUGAAGGAAACCUUCACACACACCCCCAGCUACGACAUGAGUCCGGCCAUGUUGGGGGCCCUCAUUAAAAUGCUGCUGGCGGAAGCUUCCGAGUGCUACUUCGAGCAGCUGAUCCUGUCCGGGGUCCAGAACCAAUUCUGCACGUUGGCCAAGGUGGCACAAGAGGCGGCGAAGGUCAGUGAGGUCCACCUGCAAGUGUACAACGCCAUGAACCAAGCUCCCAUCAAGGAGAACGUUCCCUACUCCUGGACCGUCAUGGUGCAAGUCAAAGCCGAACAUUACAAAGCGCUGGCUCACUUUCAUAGCUGUCACAUGACCAUAUCCUUUUCUCCCGCAGUGGGGCCCCACGAUGACGAAGACAAACAGGAGAAGGCCUUGUCCCAGCUGUAUGACCACAUUCCAGAAGGGCUGACCGCCUUGAAGAUACUUAAAGACAAACAGCAGAGGACACAGCUAGGAAAGGCGCAUCUGUCCAAGGCGCUCACCUGCCACGAGGAGGCGCUGCGGCUCUGCAGCCUGUGCAGCCAGCUGAAGCAGAUCGACAUCCUGCAGGACAUCCUGUCGGCCUUCCACAAGAGGGCGCUGAUGAAGGUGACGCAGCACCAGAAGGACGACGACUUUAUGAGCUUGUUAACGGCUCCCGAAAUCAUCGGUAAGACCGAAUUCAAGGCAGAAAUCCUCUCGCCGCCGCUCGCCAGAGUGAAAGUCAUCGACCUCUUUCAGCGAUUGGGUCCUCUGUCUGUAUUUUCUGCAAAGCAGAGAUGGACGGCCCCGAGGAGAAUCCGCCUGACUCUGGAAGAUGACGAUUUGGGCUUUGUAUUAAAGGGCGACUGUCCAGUGCAGAUAACGUCGCUCGAUCCCCUCUGUCCGGCCGCAGGCGCAGGUGUGAAGGAAGGCGAUUACAUCGUCUCAGUGGAAGACCGGGACUGCAAAUGGUGCUCCAUCAACGAGGUUAUGGACAUGCUGAGAGGGAUCGGGGAAGAAGGGAAGGAGAUCAAAGUGAUCAGCAUGCAGGAUCAGACGUCCAGCAUGCAUAACAAAAGCGCCACCUACUCCGCCGGGAUGCAGAAGACGUACUCGCUGGUCUGCCUCAACAUGGACGACGGCAAAAGCGCCCAGACCCAAAAGGCGACAAAGAAGCUCUCCUUCCUCAGCUGGGGCUUCACGAACCGCAAAAAGGCGGCCAGCACUCUCUGCCUACCGACCGCCAGCGCCGGAAAACCCGACUCCAGCAAACUGUUCCUCUCGCCGUACAACACCUUGUCCAGCGAGAGCGCCAUGUACUGAUGGCGCCGGCGAAGGGACUCUUUCAUUGGAAGGACU